CGUCAGCGAGACGUUGGCAGCUCCUGCGAGACACCUCCCAGAGACAGCAGGCAGAAUGGGAAGGGGUGGUGACAUCCAGCACAGACAGUCUGAGAGUCUCUGAGCAACAGCCGCAUCCAACGUGACCACUCUCGUCCCCCCCUUCCCAUUAUUCCCAGUACAAUCCAAACCCACAGACACGUAUGCAGAGCCCCUCUCUCACCCCCACUCACUGCCCCUGCCAUGUCUGUCUGCCACUCUGCCAACCACUGCCAGGGAACUCACACCUUGGGCUGCACGCUGCAGGGCUGGACUGCUGAGACCCCCAGUGGCACAGUGGGAAUGGUGGGCAACAGAGAGUGUCGGGAAGGUCUGUAAAGGGGAAGCGAAACCAAACAGAGGCGCCAGGGGGGAUCAUUCUCUGGGAGGAUUUGGAUGGCACAGGGCUGCCUGCCCUUCGUUAUGGGAUCUUGCAUCUCCAAAGAGUUCUUCUUCAGUGGCCAAAAGGAGAUUCACUUGUCCAACAAUAUCACAAAGUCAGCGUCCCCCCCAGUGUCUGCACCGGCCCCCUGUCCCCCAGGGGAUCCAGCACCAACAGAAAGUCCUGAUGAGGAAGAGGAUGAAGAUGACGAGAUGGGAAAGAAAUGCUUCAAGUCUCCCAAUGGGUUUUUGUGCGAAUCCAAGGAAAACGCCAGCAAUUACAACAUCGCAGAACUCGCCACCUCAUCGCUUACGGGGUUGGUGCAGACCAUAAAGGACCAUAUAACGAAGCCGACGGCCAUGGCCCGCGGGAGGGUCGCCCAUCUCAUAGAGUGGAAAGGCUGGAGUGCCCCCCAGUCAGGCUGGGACCACUCUCUGACUGAUGAUGAACAUUACUCGGACCUGACGGAUGAGCUGAAGGAGGCACGCUUUGCCGCAGGGGUCGCAGAGCAAUUCGCCAUCACGGAGGCCACACUGAGCGCCUGGUCCUCUCUGGAUGAUGAAGAAAUGCAUUUUGGGUUGGGCUCCCAGGAGGUCCCCCAGCUGCAAGACCUGGAGAGUCUGUACCUACAGGGAAGGCUGCUGAGUUACGCCCACGGCGCCGGCGGUUCGGACCUGGGUGGGAGCCUCCCCGGCCUCUCUUACUCCUCGGCCGUGUCCCUAUCCGGGGCCCCCCAGCACUUGCUGCCCAUGGAGAGCUGGGAUGUGACCCUCCAGCCUGCGUUCCCCUGUGGGCCAAUGAGCAGCAGCUCGGAUAAUUCCAAAGCACCAGCAGCAGGGGAGGGGGAGGCCCCCCGGGAGUCCUGCAAGCUCCGCCUCAACAACUCCCUGCACUACGUGGACAGCAGCUCCCUGUCUGAAGACGAGGUGUUCUACAACUAGGGGGGGGCCCUGAUGGGGGCCACAAACUCCCUCUGAUUGGCUCCUCGCCUCCUCAGAACCGGACCGGAGAAACACCCACUUGAUCGGCAGCGUGAAUGUCCUGAGCAACAGGGAAUCCCCCCCCCCCAAUAGGUUCUGAGGGGGGGUCCAAUUUCACUGGAUCUCAGGCCCGGUGGGACGAUACCAAUAACCAGCAGAACCAAUUUAUCUCUAUUGAACUUCACUUACUGGAUAUUUCACGGGGGGGGGGGGG